UGGCUUUUCUUUUCGAUGAAUAGGGAUAAAUAAUGAAAUGGGUCAGCACUGUCACACUCUCCCACUAAUCACUCAGCAGUUUCUCAUCUCUCUUUCCUCAUUUCCAAGCCAUGUCUAAGCUGGUUCAUCUUCUCCUGCUCCUCUUGUUCAUCUUCCAAGCCGUCGACUCGGCUCCUCCGCCGCACGCGUGCGACCCUUCGAACCCAACCACGAAACUCUACCAGUUCUGCCGCACUGACCUCCGGAUCAGAAACCGAGCGCAUGAUCUUGUCUCGAGGCUAACCAUAGACGAGAAGAUCUCGCAGCUGGUGAAUACAGCUCCCGGGAUACCGCGUCUCGGAGUUCCGGCGUACGAAUGGUGGUCGGAGGCUUUACACGGCGUAGCCAAUGUUGGUCCAGGAAUCCGGUUUAACGGAACGGUUAGAGCAGCCACUAGUUUCCCUCAAGUCAUCUUAACCGCUGCUUCAUUCGACUCCUAUGAAUGGUUCCGCAUUGCUCAAGUAAUAGGAAAGGAAGCAAGAGGAGUGUACAACGCAGGACAAGCCAAUGGGAUGACAUUUUGGGCACCAAACAUUAACAUUUUCAGAGAUCCACGGUGGGGAAGAGGCCAAGAGACUCCCGGCGAGGAUCCUAUGAUGACCGGAUCUUACGCCGUGGCUUACGUCAGAGGACUCCAAGGUGACUCUUUCGACGGUCGUAAAGUUCUCUCCGGCGCUCAUCUCCAAGCAUCCGCUUGUUGUAAGCAUUUCACAGCCUACGAUCUUGACCGUUGGAAAGGUAUCACUCGCUACGUUUUCAAUGCUCAGGUGAGUUUGGCUGACCUUGCCGAGACGUACCAACCACCGUUCAAGAAGUGCGUAGAAGAAGGCCGAGCCAGUGGCAUUAUGUGUGCUUAUAACCGAGUCAACGGCAUUCCCUCUUGCGCUGACCCCAAUCUCUUGACUCACACCGCUCGUGGCCUUUGGCGUUUCCGCGGAUAUAUCACUUCAGAUUGUGACGCUGUCUCAAUCAUCUAUGAUGCUCAAGGCUACGCCAAAUCCCCUGAAGACGCCGUCGCUGGCGUCCUCAAAGCUGGCAUGGACGUAAACUGUGGAUCAUACUUACAGAAACACACUAAAUCAGCUCUUCAACAAAAGAAAGUGUCGGAAUCUGAUAUUGACAGAGCUCUGCUCAAUCUUUUCUCUGUUAGGAUUCGUCUCGGUCUCUUUAACGGCGAUCCGACCAAACUGCCUUAUGGAAACAUCAGUCCUAAGGACGUUUGCUCACCGGCUCAUGAAGCUUUAGCACUCGACGCUGCUCGUAACGGUAUAGUUCUCUUGAAGAACAAUCUUAAACUCCUUCCUCUCUCCAAAAGUUCUUCGUCGUUAGCUGUAAUCGGCCCAAACGCUAACGCCGCUAGAACGCUUCUCGGAAACUAUGCUGGUCCGCCUUGCAAGACUGUGACUCCUCUUGACGCCUUACGUGGUUACGUUAAAAACGCUGUUUACCACCAAGGAUGUGAUGCCGUGGUUUGCUCCAACGCUGACAUUAAUCAAGCUGUUGCAAUCGCGAGAAACGCUGAUCAUGUGGUCUUGAUCAUGGGACUAGACCAGACUCAAGAGAAAGAAGACCUGGAUCGCGUUAGCCUUACUCUUCCCGGGAAGCAACAAGACCUCAUAACGAGCGCUGCAAAUGCGGCCAAGAAACCGGUGGUUCUGGUUCUGAUAUGUGGUGGUCCUGUUGAUGUCUCAUUUGCUACGAAUAACGAUAAAAUCGGAAGCAUUAUAUGGGCUGGUUAUCCUGGAGAGGCUGGAGGUAUUGCUCUUGCUGAAAUCAUUUUUGGAGAUCACAAUCCCGGAGGGAGAUUACCUGUGACUUGGUAUCCUCAGAGCUUUGUGAAUGUAAAGAUGACAGACAUGAGAAUGCGCUCUGCAACUGGAUAUCCAGGAAGGACUUACAAAUUCUACAAAGGCCCCAAAGUGUUUGAGUUUGGACAUGGUCUAAGCUAUUCAAAAUACUCUUACCGGUUCAAGAAUCUGCCUGAAACCAAACUCUACUUAAACCAAUCUAAAGCUCUUCUCAACUCGGAUUCUGUUAGAUACGCUCUGGUUUCAGAAAUGGAGAAAGAAGCUUGCAAUGUAGCUAAGACUAAGGUCACUGUUACGGUGGAGAAUCAAGGGGAGAUGGCAGGAAAACAUCCGGUGCUGAUGUUUGCACGGCACGAGAGAGGAGGAGAAGACGGGAAACGCGCAGAGAAACAGCUGGUCGGGUUUAAGAGCAUUGUGCUAAGUAAUGGAGAGAAAACGGAGAUAGAGUUUGAGAUCGGUCUUUGUGAACAUUUGAGUAGAGCUAAUGAAGUUGGAGUUAUGGUCGUUGAAGAAGGAAAGUAUUUCCUAACCGUUGGAGAUUCAGAGCUUCCUUUUACUCUUUAUGUCUGAUUCUGUAUAUGUAUCUUCUUAAACAUAUAAAAAGUCACUUUGAAUUGGCUUUUUUUUUUUUUUUUUAAUCUGAAAUAACAUGCAAUGAAAUUGGAUUAAACUGAAUAAAAUAUUUAAAUUUGGAGGC